AUGUAUGAGUCGAAAAUAAGUGUUGGAAAUCUUGGUAUGAGUAUGGCGGCUCUCCAUUGUCCCAUAGCUCCACUUUGCCUUAUUUUUUGCAAUGACACAUAUCGUAAAUACACCUUCACCAAACUCAAGCAUGUGUUCACGAUGCGAAAGAGAAAGUCCGCUCCGAACAGCAUUGCGCAUGCACAACUUCCGCAAUUAAGCGAUAGAUGCUAUGCUGUACAAUCAAGUCUUUGA